ACCAAUUUACAUUAAGUAGUAAGGAAAAUGCCCCCCAAGGUUAGUGGAAAAGCUGCGAAAAAGGCUGGCAAAGCUCAGAAGAACAUUGUUAAAGGAGAUAAGAAGAAGAAGCGCAAGAGGAAGGAGAGCUACGCCAUUUACAUCUACAAAGUGUUGAAGCAGGUCCACCCCGACACUGGCAUCUCCUCCAAAGCCAUGACGAUCAUGAACAGCUUCGUCAACGACAUUUUCGAGCGCAUCGCCGGAGAAUCUUCUCGUCUCGCUAACUACAACAAAAGGUCUACAAUCACGAGCCGCGAAAUUCAAACGGCAGUCCGUUUGCUAUUGCCGGGAGAGUUAGCCAAACACGCCGUGUCCGAAGGCACCAAAGCUGUGACCAAAUAUACUAGUACCAAGUAGAUCAUUUCUCCUGGCUAUUUUGGUACCAAACGGCCCUUUGCAGGGCCACCAACUUGUUAAAGAGCUGGAAUAUGCUACGCUUCUCUUUAAAGCCUUCUAGUUUUUUUUUUGCUAUGGUUGUGGUGUGACCAUUUCUAUACGGCUGGAAGGCGUUUUAUUGGCAGAUUUGACAAAUCGUUUUAAUAGACGAUAAUGUUACUAGGAAUUAAAAAAUAGAAUACAAAAAUGGGUUCCUAUUGA